GACAACUUGAGAUAGACAGAAUUCCAUCUAAAGCCUCUACAGACAUUGUAUCAUGACCUCUCACACUCUGUCCCUGGGUCUGCUCUUCAUCGGUGCCCUGAGUCUCGUCCACUGUGACCAGUACUACGGCCACGUCAGGGUCUGGGGAAUCAGUGCCACUAACCUGAACGGUGACAUCCUGUCCCAACCGGAUCCGUACGUCAAGGUUUGGUGUGGCCCAGCCUUUGGUGGCAUGACGAGUUUGCUGAAGAACCAGGCCAACCCUACCUGGCCAGGAGAGUUCAACUUCCUGGACAUCAUCCACAAGUCGGUUCUGAAGCUGGAGGUUUGGGAUGACGACAACGGACCUGAUGACCGUCUGGGAACAUGUACCACCACCAUCCGCAAAGGAACAAACAUUGAGACCUGUCAUCUGAAGAAAGGAAUACUUUACUACACCUACAGCUAUGAGAAGAGCAGCUAUGACCAGGAUGAUUAGAUUGUGACCUAGA